AUGGAGGAGGAGGACGCGGACCACAGCAACUCGGCUCGGUACGCCGAGCGCGCCGAGCACGUGGACAUGCUGCGUGCGACGCAGGAGGAGCUGGCCACUAAGAUCAAGGAGCUUCAGAUCUACGAGAGCAACUAUGUGGGACUCAAGAAGGACCUUUCGCGCUGGAAGAAGAAGUUCGAGUACGUUUUCCGCGAAAACGAGCUGCUAGCGCUGGAAACUGCGAAACUCGAUUCCUCGCACAAGCAGAUUGCGUUCUUACAGCAAGAAAUUAAGUUCAAAGAGGAGGAAGGAGCUGCUUUACGAGGCCUAGUGAGCGCACUCGAGGCGGCCAAUAAGAAGCAGCGCGCCAAGCAGCUAGAAGCCGCCAAGGCGCGCGACUCGGAGGUCGAGGCGCUCGCUGAACGCAAGAGCAACGAGGACGCCGACGCGGCGCUUCAAGCAGAGCGUGAGGUGCGACAGGAAGAGAGGAAGCGCCACGCUGCCGAAGUGGCGGCGCUUAAGGCGGAGAACGCUUUGUUACUUAAGGACGUGGAUCGGAAGGACGAGGAGCUCCAGCGACAUGAAGAGCAAGUGAAUGCCCACAAGGGGCGUAUCGGAGGACUGGAACAGGCGCUGAAGCAGGAGCAGGAGGCAGGGAUGAAUCGACUGAAGGACAAGCAGGACAAGGUGCUCGAGCUCGAGAAUCAGAUCCAACAGAUGCAGCUGCGACGACGUUCCAGUGUGGCUGCGGCCUUGGCGCAAGCGGAAGAGGAAGGGAGAGACACAGUGGGCUUUGGCCCGAAAGACCGCCUCAAAGCCAGUCAUAUUAGCGAGGGAGACGAGAGUAGGGAGUACGGGAGCGACGAGGAGCCCGACACGCCUCCAGGUACGCCGCCGCCUAUUACUUCAGGUCUGUUACCGCCUGAGGACCCCACGGCAGACCAGACGAUCCGUGAUUGGACAGAAGACAGGAAGAUUAAGGCCGCUCGGAGCUUCGACGAGGCUCUGGACCUCGACAGACUGGACGAAUUGAUCCGCAAGUUGCCGUACGAACACCAGGAAGGCGCCAGUCGAGUGCUCAUGGGCGCGCUGGACCCGGACUCGACGGCGGAGCCUGUGAACGAGUCGCAGAUCGUGCUGCGUCACUUGUCCCAAGAGCGUCAGACUGAGUUGAAGGACUUUUUGUUACCGUUACUUAAGGCCCACCCUGCACUUCGCAUCUCGUACGCCACGAUGGAACGCCGCACUUUAGUGACCGAUGUUCGUAUCCAGAUCGAACGUCGUCGCGACUCGGUGCUAGGCGGCUUCGUGCCUGGGGAGAAGAAGUUCGGGAAAGACCACAUGUUCCUGGGUCCUUCAAUCGAGGACGUGGGUAAGCUGGUGCCUCACAUGUCUCGAGUUAUCAGCACUGGCAGCAAAGCCAUCUAUGUAUCCAAACCGAAACACGUGGAAACUAUGAUGCCACUGGCGGCCCCCUCUCCGCUAGAGCGAGGCAGCGAGCACACCGACGACAUGGACACCGCCUCCGAGUCGGCAGAAGUGCCCGAUGUGACCAUGUCAAAGCGCAAAUGGGGCGGACUCAACGCCGCCAAGUUCAUUGGCACGAUGGCCGCCGGCGCCAAGCAGCGCGUGGCGGCGACCUUCAAGAACAGCAAGUUCACGCACGAAGGCACGUCCUGCCAGUUCUGCAAGAUGACGCCUAUUGUGGGCGAACGCUACUCGUGUGAGACGUGCGUGGGCUUCGAUCUGUGCGAGAACUGCUACUCGCUGGGCGGCCACGGGCUGGAGAACUCGGACGAGCUCUUCUACCGCGUCCAGGAGCUCGUGCUGGCUCGCUGUCCUCGUUUGGCGGAAGAAAUGGACUUGCUGGAGCUCAUGCGCUUCGAGAUCUGUCGCUCGAAUCUGCGGAAAUUCAGCUUCUGUCUCAACUGGUUGGCGGAUAUCGUCAACGGCAAGACGUCGAAAGAUUUGCAGGCGCGAGCGCUGGAGAUCCCCAGUAUCCGUCGCGAUGUACGGAAAGUGUUCGUGCCGCUGCUCAUGCGUGUGUGCAGCGACCGUGAAGACAUCGAGGUCAAGACGGAGUGGGAGCUGGAAGACGACAACCAGGCGCCAGUGCGGAGUGUCGGAGGCGGCGUCAGUGAAGGCGACGGGCGAUUCCUCGAGACGUUGCGCAUCUGGGUGGCAGAUCAGUACCGAACCACGUCUCCGUUCGUGGAGCGCAGUCUGCUCAAGUACAGAGAAGACGGCGAAGAGGAUGAGGACGGCAGUGACGCAGAUAGUGAUGGGGGGCACUCGAACGAGAACGGAGUGGCCGAGCCAGGUAAACCGGAUGACGAUCCGAACGGCUCGAGAGGUGGGAGCGUCGAAGGAGUUAGCAGUCAGCCUGGAUUCGCGGAGCGCAAUCGCAAUCAUAGUGACGCGUUCUAG